AUGGGUUUCACCUCUUCUUCAUUAUUCACUUUCUCGCUUUCUCUAUCUCGCUUUCUCUCUAUUUAUUUCUCUCUAUUUCUUUCUCUCUGUCUUUAUCUCUCGCUUUCUCUCUCUCUAUCUAUAAUUUUCUCUUUCAUUCUUUCUCUAUAUUUUUCUCUCUCUUUCUCUCACUCAGUCUCGAUCUUUAUUUAUCUCUCUCUUUUUCUCUCUCUCAAUUUUUCUCUCUCUCACACUUUUUUUUCUCUCUCUAUCUUUUUUUCUUUUCAUACGUCUUUUGUUUUCUUAUUUUCCCCAAAUCUUUUUAACUCUCUUCGUUUUCCUCUCCCUUAUUUUCGUCGUAAUCUUUCCAAUUCCUCUUUCGUCCAUUGUGUCGUUGUUGCCUUUUUUUUCCUCGUUCACUUGUUUUCAUUAUCUUUAUCUUUCUUUUCCCUAUUUUUCAUCUUCUUUUUUUUCACUCCAACCUCUUGCCUUAUAUCUGCGUUUCUCCUUCGUUUUCUCUCCUAUUUUCUUUCUUCGAUUUCUCAUAUCUUUCUUUUUAAUUUUUUUUUCGAUCUCUUUUUAUUAUUCGUUCCUCCUUUAUACUAA